AUUAUAGCCAUGCAGCUAGAUCUAGUCAAACCUUUUUUCAGUUCUCUCUAUUCAUUGUAUUGAAGAAUCAUCUCAGCCUGCCAAUCUGAUCUAGAUCUUGGAGCAGUCAAUCUCAUCAAUGAACUGUUGUUAGCUUUCAAUCAUGGGCUAUGACAGUGGAAAUGUUGUAGAAGCCCUUAGAGACUGUCUCUCUCUGCCCACAAUAGAAGCCCCCACAUUCUGUGUACAAAAACAGGAAGAUGUUUCGAGGAAAAUGUCACCUCUCUUUGUUCACAAGAAACACAGACAUUGUCCAAACUGUGUACACACUGAGACUGAGCGGUAUAAACAUUCUCCUGGUGUUCCUAUGGCACUGGUAGUGAGCUUCAAAAGGAGACUACAGAUUUUGAAGGUUCUUUUAAUGUUGCUAAUUAUUGCUGGAGAUGUCGAGACUAAUCCUGGCCCUGUUCCCAAACUCAAACUCGCAAAUUUAUACAAAGAAUUGUGCGAGUUGACUAAUCCAAUUUCUUUUGGUAAAGAACUUCAUAUUCCUCAGCUGGAAUUAGACAGAAUUCAAGAUGAUGAUCCCAACGAUAUAAACAAACAGAAAAUGGCUCUAUGUCAAUAUAUUGUCAAGGAGCUACAUGGAAUUGACUGGGACAAAAUUGCCGAUGCUCUCAAAAGCAUUUCAAUGGAAUAUUUGGCAGUGAAAAUCAGACAAAGUUAUUGUCAACAAGAUUGUUCCUCUUCUGAUUCUUCUACCGAGUAUCUCUCAGCAGAGGAAGAACUCACACAAACUGCACCAUUGUCUAGCCAGUUGACACCAGACCGUCAAGUCCAACUACCUACAGUGCAAGAUGGUGAAAAAGCGCCACAUUCUCGAACUAGCAGAGUUAGGGGUGAACCAAAGAAGCAGCAGAAACAAGAGACUUCUGAUGCUUCAGUAUCAGCCACAAUGGGUCCUCCUAGGCCUAGCACUAAAGUGACUUUUCAAAGACUUGUGAAAAGACACCAUCUAACUGAUGUUCAACUCAACCGUGAAAUAGGGCGAGAUGAUAUUCCCCUCUUGGCUAUUUAUUUUGACAAGAUUGAAUUAUAUCCCAAACUAAUGAACCUCAAUCCAGCUGAAGAACAGGACGUGAUAAACACUUUGCAUGCAAGUAGCCAAGUUGCGAUGAUCAAGUGCUUAUCUCUGUGGAAAGGACACGAUCCUUUCAAAGCAACAUACGUAGCUCUACUGGAAAUGUUACUCAGGCUGGAGAAAGGAGAGAUAGCCAAUAACAUCUGUCUGUACUUGGCUGCAAAAAAUGAAAGCAGUGGAGCGUUAAAUCGAGAAUCAAUAUCAUCAGACCUUAGUGAUUCAAGUGAAUCGUUUACAUCUAUAGCUAGUGAUUAUGCAACUGAUUCAGUUUCGUCAUUGGGAUCACAGCAAGUGCCUCGCUUGCAAUUUGAGUGUGGGUGUGGGCAAUGCACUGUGUAUGGUUUCAUCACUGGAGAGACCUGCCCCAAUCCCAAAGCUUUUCCAUUUCCCAAGUUGGAAAUCUACGGAAUUCCUUCUGACGAUAUCGACUAUAUUGAAAUCAAAUUGCAUCAGCAAUCGACAAAACUGCACAGAAGUUUUUGCGAGUUAGUAUUGGACACAUUUAAUGAAAUGCUAGAGAGGUCUGUAGACGUUCAGAAAUUAAUUGUGUAUUUAAAGAUGCUUUUAAAGCCUAAGUGGUAUUUCCCAUUGACCAGCUCACAAGUUUUAGAUUGCUUGGAUGAUCUCGAGAGUUUUGAUGAUAUUGGAGUCUAUUUGACAAAACAGCAAUACUGUUCAUGGUUCGAUUAUGAAUUAAUUGAACAUCUCCGAAAUAAAUAUCUGUUCACUAGUAGUGAUUCAGUUUUGGACGACUACAAAGCUAAAUUUAAAGUAUAUGUCAGUCAGCGUUGCUUUAUAUAUCUAAAUGACGAGGGUCCUUGGCCAAAACACCAAGUAAAAGUGAAGUUCAAAUUAGAUUUCCAAUAUGAACAGCUAUCACACAACGUGAUCAAGCAUCUCAAGUGUGUGUUUGCAGAUAUUCUUGGCUCACCAAACUAUCAUCUAUGUUUCAAACAAGCGAGAGAAGGCUGUACUGAGCUUGUAUUCGGAGCACCUCCUUACUUUGGGGAAAUCCGCCAGCUGUCAAAGUAUCAGAAGUCUCAGCUUAAAGCUCAUGGCUUCCUCAAAGUUAUUAUAAUGGAGCAAGAUUUCCUCGAAGUUGACCCAGAAAAAGUUAAACUGAAAGAUACAAAUUCUGUGUCUAGUCUCGAUAACAGUGAGCUGGGUGAGAUCAGCAGUACAUGCAGUGAAGGGGAUAAUGAGACAAGUGAUGGAGAAGAGGCAGACAUUGAUACAACAGACCUUGAAUACACCACAGGUCCUGGAUCUACAGUGGAAGUAACCUACGAUCUAAUUCUCACCAAUGUUUGUGAAAGUGAACUUGAACUACAAGAGGAAAUGGACCUAGAUGUGUCUCCGUGCUCGCUCUGGAAAGCUCUUCACAGUGGGCAGCAGUGUAUGGCAUUAAAAUACAAUGGCGAAGGUGAUGUACUGAACUUCAGCAAGUACAUUGAAGAUAUGCAACAAAAUAAGCGCAAUGUGAUGCCAUCGAAAUGUGUCCAUUUUGAUGCUAAACUCUCUUCCCACCCCGUUAUCCUAUUUGAAGUUCAGCAGCCAUUUAAUGAUUAUUGCUUUUCCUCUGAAGUCUUAUCUGAAAUGCAACAACUUUCAUUGUUAUUGAAUGCUGCUAUUAGUGUUCUUGGGUUCUCGUCGAGUAUUACGCUUCAAAUGACUACAGAAUCUCUCUUUGUACACACAACUAGUACAGAUGACAUAACUAGUACAGAUGACACAAAAGCAAUGUUUUUACCUAUGUAUGAGCAUUCUUACUUCCAUCAAUUGGUACCCAAGACCCAACCUGAGUUACCUAGCCUAAAUUGGCUAAAAGAUACUCUUCUUUUGAUGGUCCAUCGUAAACAGUGCAACAGCAACUCCAAACUAUCGGAAAACCACAUUCUCUUCAACAUUUUCAAGCACAGGUGGUUCCCAGACGAUAAACCAGGCUACUCAAGUACAGCAGAUGUUGCCAAAGAACUGCAACACAUACUAGAGCUGGAGAAAACCAGAUUGGAAAUGAUUGAUACUCUAGCGGACUCUGAAUAUUUAGAGGUACCACAUUUGCACAUGCUUCUCAUUGGACACACUGGAGUGGGAAAGACGUCUAUUAGAAAGCAUCUUCAGAACAUUCCCUUUAAUGAUGAGGAGAAAAGCACGAUCAUAAUGGAGCAGGAACUCUUAUAUCAAGAAACAUUUGAAAGUACAGUGGACUCCAAGAAAAGCACUGUGGUGUUUGAAAAGUACAACAGCGUUUAUAAGAGCAACCCAGAUAAUAUUUAUCUCACUCUCUGGGACAUAGGAGGUCAACCAAUGUUUCAAGAUCUUCUUCCUUGCUUCGCUAAAAUUAGAUCCAUUUAUGGCAUCAUUGUUCGACUAUGUGACCUGUUGGAUAAUUCGAACGCUUCCAUUAGACCUACCUGCCCAAUUGAAAUAGAGAGAGAGGCGCCUUACACAUCUACUGAUUACCUGUAUCGAUGCAUUUCCUUUAUAGAAUCUACUUUGCUUGAUCUGCAUCUCAACAACCUUCCAGAUAUGUUGAACAAAAGAGUAUUUGAAGUAGCUAGUGGAACAGCUUUCCCCAAAAUAGCCUUUAUCGGCACUUUCAAAGACCAAAUUAAUAUAGAAGACAAGCAAGACCUGGAGCAAAUAUGUUUUCGGUUAAAAAAUAAUCUGAACUCUCUAGGAACAGACUUUCUUGAAAAUAUAAUUUUCCCUUCAACUUCUCCAACCAACUCUUUUAUGUUUGAGAUAGACAACACACGAUCAGGAGCGAAGUAUGAAGAUCUUGGAAUGAAAGCUUUGCGAGAGCAAAUAGUUUUUUGCACAAAAAGUGCCAAAGCAAAAAUACCUAACAAAUGGAUUGCUUUCAAGAUUGAUCUAGAACGAGAAUCACGCUUACAACAGCCUUGCACAGGAAUUGUGACAUUUGAAAAGGCUAGUGAAAUAGCUAAACAGCACAAAACAGACCUUAAAGCAGCUCUCUGCUAUUUUCAUGAACUUGGUAUCUUCAUAUGGUAUCAUGACAAGAAACAUCUCCAAGAAUAUGUUUUUGUUGAGCCUAAGAACCUACUUUCCAUUCUUGGAACUAUUCUUGACCCCCAAGUGUAUACUGAUCUCCCUAAACAAUGGAAGCAACUUCAGACACAGGGUAUUCUUAAUGUUCAAGUAGUUGAACAACUUCUAGCGGAUAGUAAGACUGGUCUCCCACUAUCAUGGAUUCUUAGCUUCUUUCAAGAGCACCAUUUAGCAAUGCCUUUAUUGGAAGGCUACUUUAUUCCGUCUAUGCUCCAAGUGCUUCCCAUUUGUCCUAAUCAUCAGCAUGUAUUUGAUGCGAACCUUUCAGCCUGUUCUGUAUUACCAGCCAAUUUAAAAGUGGCACCUCUCUUUUUGGCUCCAAGAUCUAAGUUUGUACCACCAGGUUUUUUCCCAAGACUAAUGACCGUACUUUCUGGAAUCAAAGAAGGCAAUAUAUUAUGGAAACUGUCACCUGAUGUUAUAAAUUGUAAAAACACGGUGUCAUUUGAUAUCAAUAACCAGUUUCGGCUUGUAUUCACUGAGUUUAUUGACUGUGUUCGAGCUCACUUCGAUGGACUGAGUAACGACAAUAUUCCCCAGCGUGAUGUAUGUCUUCAAAUUGUAUUCACUCUUAAUGUGCAGCUGCAAAGAGUUAUCAAUACUAAGUUGAUACGCUUAACAUUUGUGUGUUCUUACUCUGAACAUUCAUCUAGCAUCCACUUUCUCAAAUAUUUGCCAUUUGCAACGGAUGAUCUUGUAUCAUGUGGUGAACAUCCCGGCAAAACAAUGGAGCUCACUGCUGCCCACAAAAUAUGGUUGAGUGAUGAACAUCAUCCAAAGAUAGCUACUCUAAAAGAUGCUGAGGCUAGAUUUGAGGCUGCGAUGAAAGGAAAGAAGUUUGGUCUGCGAUUCACAACAAUUCUUUUUACUGGACUGCCAGGAUCAGAUGUCCAUACCUGCAAGCGUUUGAUUAUGGAUAAGAACUUUACUCCUUUUGAAUCACCACACUCAUUGGAUCACAGCUUUGAAUUUAGUUACUAUACCGUCAGUGAUGAAAAGAUUAAACCUUUACACGAUGAUGAUUCGGAUAUGGUGUUUGCUUGUAAUGCAGCUGUACAGACACCAAAGGGAGCUAAAAAUGACAAGUCAGAUGAACAUUCCAUCCAACAAUCCGAAGAAGCAUCAAUCGAUUGCCAAACCGAGCCAGAUGAACAUUUUCCACAGCAAAGACCCAAAGAGGCAUCAAGUAAAAACUCUGCAAGUGAUCGAAGUAAGCAAGAAAGUUCUGCUCAAUCUGUUGGUAAAGAAGUUGAAGUACCAAGUUCAAUACCUGCUGGAAACUCCUCACAGCAUCUCACUUCUAAUCAGAUUCUAAUCUAUGAGCCAAUACCUAAAGAGAGUCUAUUAAAAUGUGUCUCUCCUGAGAAUAUUUUACAACUAAUGGUAAAUCGCGAUCGAUUGCUUACAAAAGAUUUUGAUAAUUUGAACAUUAUUAAUUGCGUAUGCUGCUCUGAUGUUUGGUUGUUGAAUGUACUACCAAUUUUCCUUAAAGGCAUCGCCAUAGGCAUAAACUGUAUGAGUUCGAGCCAAGAUCUCGAAGGAAAAAUAAUCCUUCAGAAAAUUUUAGUUCCCGAAACUGAAAUUGAAGCAGAUGUAUCUUUUACUAAUAAGCAACUAAUAAAAGACAUCAGUAUGCUAGCAACAAAACUGAUGGUCAUUGAAACACAUGCAGAAGUUGAGUCGAUUGAGAAAAAUAGUGAAAUUCUCUUUAGGGAUAAUGAGCAAGCCAAAUUAAUUGCUGAUAAAAAUGGAAAACAAGAAGUAUUUGAAGUAGGCAAAUCAUUGAGGGAGAUAGAAAACAUUGAACGACAGCUAGUAUCAUCGUUGGAUUUGAGUGAACUGAAGCAAGUCUCUUUAUUCUGGCACAUGCUUGGUCACGCUAUCAAGAAAGUUAUGCAACAAUACAAUCGGAACUUUAUUAGCAAGCAAGAAGUAUUGACUAUUGCUGCUGAAUUCAGAAUGUCAGAAACUGAUCUUGAAAUUGCCUUACUUAGCCUGCACAUAACUGGUGUGAUUCUUUACUUUGGCAAUGUUCUUCCAAAUGUGAUAUUUAAGGAUUCGACCGUAUUGAUCCAAUUGAUUGCAAAGAUAAACCUUUUUGACCUACAACAUAAUCGAGGAGCUAUUAUUCCCUUCUCUGCAUUUGAAGUUUGUGAAGUAAUGUAUGCUGAAGGAUUGUUCACAUGUAAAGAAGCAAUAUCCCUCUUCAAAGAUUUACAUCUGUUAAUUGAAAUGAAAAAUUCGUUAUUCUUGAUGCCAUGCUUACUGAGGGAAGAAGUCAGUGUUGAAACUUUCAGCUUUGUUUCCGGUUUGAAAGAUACCAAAGUUGCUCCACUUGUGAUCCAGUGUUUAUUAGCCCAUGGUUGUUUUGAGUACAUCAUGUGCUACUUGUGCUCACAGUACAAUGGUCACCCAUGGCCAUGGAAAAUUGAUGUUCGUCGAGAUUUAUUCAAAAGUUUUGUGCAGUUCAUUCUACCCGGAGUCAAUGCUCUCAUAAAUGUGUAUAGAAAGGAAGAUGCUGAACUAACUGUUUAUAUCAAUUCAAAUUCGAUGCAAGAUUAUCAGUUUCUACCAUUUAUCAGAACAGCAAUUGUUACUGGUUUAAACAAAGCCGCAGAAGCGUUUCACAUUACUGGUCAAGCUCUUCCUGUUGUGGGGUUUCACUGCACAUGUGGUCAGGUUGACAACACACACAUGAUCGUUCCUAGCACAGAGGGUCACUGGAGAUGUUCUGCUACAAAUGAAAAGCUUGCACUUUUUUCUACUCAAGACAUCUGGUUUACCAAGAUACAUGAUAGUGCUGACGCAGUUACCGUUCACAACGUGUUUGCUGAACUCAUUCCAUGGUCUAGUUCGUGGUACAAAGUGGGAAUGCUCUUCAACUUGGAGAGUGAUGCGCUGGAAACCAUAACAGUACAGUGCCGCCAAGACACGGAUGCAGCACUAAUGGAGGUGAUAAGAAAAUGGUUCCACACUCAUCACAACCCAAGCUGGGAGGAGGUUCAACAAGUCAUUUCGAAUCUGAAACAAUCAGAUGACUCCCUGAUUGAACGGUAUUCCAUGACUGAAGAUGUCUUUAAAGAGUGUCUCCCUAACCUCACACUCUUUGUUAGCAUAUCCACACUCCUUCCAUACUUGCUCAAAUAUCGUCUGGUACAUCGGGCUGACGUCGAUUCUGUACAAUCGCCGAAUCUUGAUAAUUCAACUAAAAUAUCUAAUCUUCUCAAUCUAACAAAAAGAAAUGGAGGUAAAAAUGGUUUUGCCCUACUCUACGAUUGCUUGUUUAAGACCAGUGAGGAGCAUCGAGGACAUGAUAAAAUUGUUCAAGAACUUGAGAGAUAUGCACUUUCCUCCUCAACCAUGAAUCCCAUUGCAAUAGACCCAUCAAUCUUGGAGCCCCCUGAUGCUGACUAUGCUGUAGAGUCAGUGGAUGCCCUCAUCAGGGAAGUCUCUGACCACAUUGGACGAGACUGGAUGGUCCUAGCCAGAAGUCUUGGUUUUACGGAAAUUGAUAUUCAAUUGAUUGAUAUUCAAUCAAUUGAAUAUGCCGAUGAACGAGACCUCAAAGAGCAGAUUUAUCGGUUUUUCAACGAGUGGAAGAGAAGAGAUGGGCAAGAUGCUACUCGAGAUAAACUUGUUACUGUCUUGUAUGAGAGUGGAUUAAAUGAAGUCGUCCUGAAGACAACAGAUGCUCAAAAAAUUGACCAAAAUCACCAGAAGAUCAAUGAUGAUUUGACCAUUUUCCUAGACGAGCCACUCGGUAGUGGUGCAUUUGGAGCAGUCUUCAAAGGCAGCUACAGAGGCGAUCCUUGUGCUAUCAAACUAUUACAUCAGGUUGCUAUGGAGAUGCAGACAAACAUUCCCGCCACCAAAAGUGAAGAUGCUAGCAAUGCAAUUGAUCGUGAGAGUGAUUUUCUCAAGUCGUUCCAGCACCCAAACGUUGUUCAGUUUUUGUCGACUGCUAAGCACCCCAAAUCAGGUGGUACAAUCCUCGUUGUUGAGCUGAUGGAUUGCAAUCUGAGAUCCUAUUUCUCCGGCCUUGAUGAAGAGCCCCUCUCUAGCGAAUGUGAAAUUAGCCUCUCCAAAGACAUGGCUUGUGGUCUGGCCUACAUUCACAGCAAGCUGAUUAUCCACCGUGACCUCUGUGGCGAUAACGUCUUGCUGAAGCUGACACUGCCAGUGCCUGUUGCAAAGAUUUCUGACUUUGGUAUGUCGCAACUAUACGAUCCCUCCAAGCUCAGCUCCACCCUCACAGCCAUUGGUCAGCGUAGAGGGUAUCUACCUCCCGAGGCCUAUCGAUUGGAAGAGGAGAAUUACGAUAAUAGCCUGGAUGUGUUUUCCUUUGGGGUGAUUUUGACGCAGAUUGUUUGCAAGUUAGAGACGAUCAAAUCAGCCAAGGAUCGAUCAUUCCAUGUUGCCCAGAUCCCUCACACACACAGGUUGAGGAAGCUUAUCGACAGCUGUUUGCAAGAAGACAUGACGAGGAGACCAUCUGCCAGGGACAUCUAUGUUUCACUGACAAGAGACUCGGACUCAGUGGAGGCAACAAAGAGGGAAACUCUACUAGUCGAAAAGUUUGAAGAUUUCCACCAACGUUCCCAUGUACAGUCACACAUGGAACAGAUAGAGCACAAAGAUGCUGAGCUGGUCAGGAGAGACGCCAUCAUUCAACAGCAGAGACAGGCACACAGGGAACAGAUUCAGCACAAAGAUACUGAGCUGGUCAGGAGAGAUGCCAUCAUUCAACAACAGAGACAGGGUCUCCCUCCCAGAGAGUUGAGACCUCCACUCACUCUGAAAUGGAGAAGAGAGAAAAACAUGCCAAUCAAGAUGAGUGACACAGUACAGAGUAUUGUUAUUGGUGACACAGUGUAUGUUGGUGGAGGGCAUGCAGACAAUGAUUGUGACAGGUGUACAGUGAUGAAGUUCGAGCAAGAUCAAUGGACCAAACUACCAGAGUACACUGCCAAGUUCUUCGCUAUGACAUCACUCGCUAAUCGAUUAGUGCUGGUGGGAGGAUUUGAUUCAAGAAACCAAAGUGCCAACAAACAGCUUGCUGUAAUUGAAUCAGGGAAAUGGACUCACCCGUACCCACCAAUGAACAUUGCUCGCGAUUCCUUAACAGCUGUUUCCUUCAACAACCACAUCAUUGUAGCUGGUGGGCAUAAUGAUAAAGGACGUACCUCCUCUGUAGAGGUGUUGGACGUGGCAUCAAGAAGAUGGUACAUUGCUCAGUCACUACCUAACCCACGAUCAUCACUGAAACCAACUCUCAUAGGAAACACCCUCUACCUAAUGGGAGGAUGGGAUCACAUGUGGUGGACCAAGACAGUGCACCACGUUGACCUCAAUGAACUCAUUGUAAAAGCCCUUUCCAACCUGGACACACCCACUCUCUGGCAGACCUUACAGGAAGUACCACUCCUGUUGUCAGCUCCUCUCAGUAUUGGGAGGUCACUAUUAGCUGUUGGUGGACGGGAUGACAGAGACAACCCAAGUUCAUUGAUCCACCUCUACCAGCCUGACACCAGGAGGUGGGUGAAAAUGGGAAACCUGCCUACUGCACGAUACAACUGCACAUGCUCAGUACUUCCUAAUGGAGAGGUCAUUGUAGCCGGAGGACAGACAAAUGCAAAGGACAUUCAAACUGUGGACUUCUUCGCUUAGCCUUUCUAUCGUAUAAUUUAUAAUAACGUUGCAGCAGAAUUUCAAUUGUUUGGAAUGUUAAAAAUUGUUUUUAAAUUAUGUAAAAAGAACGGCACGAGUUUGUACACGAAAUGUUU